CUCAUGCUCUCCUUCAAAAUGGCCGAUGGAAUGAAAGGAGUCGAUGCGUUGCAAGAUGAGCUUUUGCGUGCCAAAGACAAACUGAAAGAUGUCAAUGAAAAUAUAAAGAAACUCACAGGAAGAGAUCUUGAAGAACAAAGGAAUUUUGGUCGCCGUGAAUUUGCAAGUCCCGAUGGAAGAGGUCGAGGAAGGUUCUCCAACCUUGUCCGGCGUCGAUCGGAUGAUAGCCCAGCGGCAAAAAGAAGAGGCCUUGGAGGAGCUUUUGCCAGGCUGGGUCUGCCGGUGGGGAUGGCGCAGCGCCGACAGCAGGAGGAUAGCGGGGAGGAGGAGGAUGGAGAGGACAAGCCCGCUAUCGCCUCAGCUGUUGUUGCUGCUGCCGGAAACAAGAGAUCUCGACGGGACAUGAUACAGGAGCAGAGCCAGGACAGCCGCGGCAUGGCCAGAAACAAGAGAAUGUUUGGUCUUCUCCUUGGAACACUGCAGAGGUUUAAACAUGAAGCCAAGGAAAACAAGGACAAGGAUGAACAAAGGAAGAAGAUUGAGGAGAAGUUGGAGUCGAAGGCCAAACAGGAGAAGGCCCGACUUGUCCAGGAGAAGAAACAGCUGGUGCAGGAAUUUGAGCAAGAGCAGGCAAAAAUACAUCGACUUGAACAGAAGAUGGAGCUGGUCAGACAGCAUGACAAUUGGGCCAUGGAGACCAAGAAGCUGGAAAACUUCAUCUGCACCAAGGCAAAACCUCAGAUAUUUUACCUUCCCAAAGGACUGAUCAGCUCCACUGAAGCCAAACUGAAGGAAACUAAAGUUGUUGUAGACAAAAUGAUUAAGGACAGACGAGCCAAGUUGGAGGAGGAGAUCGAGGACAUGAUGACUCGCGAGAUUGAGAGGGAGGAGAGACUGAGGGCACGCAGGGAGAGUGGGGAGGGAGUGAGGGGAGGGGCACAGCGACAUCAGGAGGAACACGAGGACCAGGAGGAGGACGAGGACGACCAGGAUAAGUUUGAUCAGAUUGAGGAGAAUGAGGUGGUGCUGGAGGAGAGGAAGAAUGGUGACGGGGAAGUUGGGGAUGAAAGGAGGGUGGAUGUGAGGCAGGUGGUGGCUGCUGCAGAGGAGGGAGGGGGAGGAGGCGAUGGAGUACAGGAAGAGGAAAAGAUGGAAGGUGUGGAGGAAGGGGAUGAUGAGAAUGAGGAGGGGGAGAUUGAGUCUGAGAAGGAAAGUGGUAAGGCUUUGGAGAAGGAAAGAAGGCGAGUUAGGAGUGGUGAGAGUGAUGGAGAGAAGAGACGGGUAGAAAGGAGGUCAAGGGAUGGACAGGACAAUCGAAGCAUGUCUACGGAUGGAGAGAAAGGUAGAAGUAGGUCAAGGGAUGGGGAGGAAGACAGAAGUAUGUCAAAGGAUGAGGAGAAAGACAUAGAUAGGCCAGGUGAUGAGAAAGCUAGAAGUAGUUCAGGUGAUGGAGAAAAAGCUAGAAGUAGAUCUAAGGAUGGAGAGAAAGACAGAAAUAGGUCAGGUGAUGGAGAAAAAGCUAGAAGUAGAUCUAAGGAUGGAGAGAAAGACAGAAAUAGGUCAGGUGAUGGAGAAAAAGCUAGAAGUAGAUCUAAGGAUGGAGAGAAAGACAGAAAUAGGUCAAGUGAUGGAGAAAAAGCUAGAAGUAGGUCAAGGGAUGGAGAGAAAGACAGAAAUAGGUCAAGUGAUGAUGAGACAGCUAGAAGUAGGUCAAGGGAGGGAGAGAAAGCUAGAAGUAGGUCAAAAGAUGGGAAAGACAGAAGUAGGUCAAGGGAUGGGAAAGACAGAAAUGUGUCUAAAGAUGAAGAACAGACUCGGUCAACAAAGGACAGGAGUAAAUCGACAGAGGGGAAAGAUAGGAGCAGUGAGAGGGAGAGGAGAAAGAGUGGUGCAAAGGAGAGAGAAAGACGGCGGUCAAGGAGCAGCAGUCGUAGCAGAGAUCGGGAGAGGAGGAGAGAAAGGCGGAGUGAUAAGGAUGGAGAGAAGGAGAAUAGGAAAAGCAGGCAUGAUGAAGAUCGCAGCAGGAGGAGAAGUGAGAGGAAGGAGAGAAGGAGGAAAAGUUCCGAGAGGGACAGAAGCAGGGAUAGGACAGACGAGAAAAAGAGAAAGGUUGAUGAUGAAACUAGACAUACUAAGGACGAUAAGGACAGGCGAUUGAGUGAUCAACGAGAUGAUGAUAAGAGUAAAGAUGGAGGAGCUAAGGAUAGGGAGAAGAAGGACUUGGAGGAGGGGGAGGUGGAUGAGGAGCGACGGACAGUAGACCAGGAGACUGGGCAGGAGAAGCCAUCAGACUGAACCUCCACCAAGCAGCAGGUUACACUUGUAAAUACUUCAAAUCUAAGGAUGUUGAAUAUUUUUAAAUUAAGCAUGUUAGUGUUCUGUAGAAAGUGUGUCGACAGAAUUGUCUGAAUGAUAAAUUCACACAAGAGAUUCUGUUGAUCGUUGAAUGAAUUUGUGUCAAGAUGCUUUUCUCAAACAUGUUUUAGUGAUGAGGGUUAUCAAUUGUCUCUGAAGGUUUUAAAUAUUGUGGAUGUAAAAGGUACCACUUAAUUCAAUUGUGUUUUAUCAACCUGUUUUACUAAAAGCAGUUCAUCAAAUAUGGAAACCAGAGAGGAAGUACGCUGAGACACUUGUGGCCAUUGAUUUACUGGAUAUCUUAGCUGAAUUUUAGACUCAGGUUGUUUACUCAUUCAAAUUGUUCUGCAUCUUCCUGGAUCCAUUUUCAUCUGAAUCAUGUAUUCAUCUCAUCAACAUCAACCUUGGUCACAUUUACACUUUAACACUGACCUAUAGCAAGCAACUCCGGCAGACAUUUACAAACUUUGACAGGAAUACAAUGCUACUCCCUAACUUUGCUGACAUUGUCAUCAUUAACGCAGACUGAUGGACAGUGACUGUAAUUAAGAUGAUUGUAGGGAGACUUGAACUGAUUACCCCAACAUUAAUAUUGGACAUCUCAGAUCAUGGACAGACAUCAUUACAUUGUCAUCUUCCCCUUCUUGGGUAUCUUCGGUACAUAAACCUCUUCUGUUCAUAUUUCCACUCACUUAAACAUAAAACAUCAACCUCCAAUCUACCAUUCUACAAGUUGUGAACGUUGUAGUUUUCAUGCUGUGAUACUGUAAUUCCCUGCCUGGCAUCCUCCAGUAUCCUCUGUUGAUAACAACAUACAGUAUAAGUAGUGUAUGGUUAUGGGUGGACUCUAUACCAUGAUAGUCUAUCCACGGAUACUUGUAGGGUGUACUACAGAUCAUGUGACAAUGGUGACUGGGAUGUCGUAGUCUAUCCACGGAUACUUGUAGGGUGUACUACAGAUCAUG